AUGGCAGACCCUUCCAAGGAAUGGGGUGUCUACUUCUCUCGAACGCACCAGCGACCCUACUUUCGCUCGAGCGUGACGAACGAGUCCCUUUGGGAAGCUCCUCCUCAGCUAUCCAGGGAACAGAUCGCAAGUCUGCCUGGUGCCGAGCUGCUCACGGGCGGGAAGCCAGCGCCAAAGGUCCCUUCACAGUCGUCUGAGAAGAUCAGCGCGAGUCAUCUGCUCAUCAAGCACCGCGGCUCGCGCAGACCGUCUUCGUGGAAAGAGUCACACGUGACGCGCACCACCGAAGAAGCCUACGAGAUUCUUGCAGGGCACUACCGUGAACUCGUGCCUGGCUCGACCGGUCCCUCUGACGAAGGCGCGAGUGUACCCAACCCCAAGCCAGACCGGGCCUUGUUCGAACAGCUUGCCCUCGUGCAUUCGGAUUGCUCCUCUCACGCUCAGGCUGGCGCGCUCGGCAGCUUCGGCAGGGGCGCGAUGCAGAAGCCGUUCGAAGACGCCGCCUUUGCUCUCCAGCCAGGCGAGAUGACGAGCAAGAUUGUCUCAACCGAUUCGGGACUACAUCUCAUCUAUCGUACUGCUUGA